CGACGGCGGCGGCAGGGCAGAUGACCCAAGGUGGAACCACUCUUCUUGAUCACCCUCUGCCUGAAACCUAGGGAGGAUGCCCUGGACCCCACCCCAGCUAGGGUCUGACAUCGGGCCCCAUGCGGCUCACCCGCUGCUGGGCUGCCCUGGCAGCCGCCAUCAUCCUCAACCUCCUAGUCUUCUUCUAUGUGUCAUGGCUACAGCACCAGCCCAGAAACUCCCGGGCCCGGGCCCCCCGCCGGACUUCUGCCACUGGUCCCCGAGUCACCGUCCUGAUUCGGGAAUUUGAGGCUUUUGACAACGCUGUGCCAGAGCUAGUAGAUUCCUUCCUGCAGCAGGACCCAGCCCAGCCUGUGGUGGUGGCGGCCGACACACUCCCUUACCCACCCCUGGCCUUGCCUCGCAUCCCUAACGUUCGCCUGGCCCUGCUCCAGCCAGCCCUGGACCGGCCAGCGGCGGCCUCGCGCCCGGAGACCUACGUAGCCACCGAGUUCGUGGCCUUGGUGCCUGAUGGAGCGCGGGCCGAGUCACCAGGCCAACUGGAGCGAAUGGUGGAGGCGCUCCGGGGGAGCAGCGCGCGCUUGGUGGCCGCCCCGGUCGCCACCGCCAACCCAGCGCGGUGCCUAGCACUGAACAUCAGCCUGCGGGAGUGGACUGCACGCUAUGGCCCAGCGCCCAGCGCGCCCCGCUGCGACGCUUUGGAUGGCGACGCGGUGCUGCUGAUGCGCUCCCGCGACCUCUUCAACCUCUCGGUGCCCCUGGCGCGGCCACUGGCCACCAGCCUCUUCCUACAGACCGCCCUGCGUGGCUGGGCAGUGCAGCUGCUGGACUUGACCUUCGCCGCGGCGCGCCAGCCCCCGCUGGCCACCGCCCACGCGCGCUGGAAGGCGGAUCGCGAGGGGCGCUCACGGAGGGCGGCGCUGCUGCGCUUGCUGGGCAUCCGCCUGGUGAGCUGGGAAGGCGGGCGGCUCGAGUGGUUUGGCUGCAGCAAGGAGAGUCCGCGCUGCUUCGGUACGGUGGCGGGCGACACACCCGCUUACCUAUACGAGGGCCGCUGGACACCACCUUGCUGCCUGCGCGCACUGCGCGAAACGGCGCGCUACGUGGUGGGCGUGCUGGAGGCGGCGGGCGUGCGCUACUGGUUGGAGGGCGGCUCGCUGCUGGGUGCAGCCCGCCACGGCGACAUCAUCCCAUGGGACUACGAUGUAGAUCUGGGCAUCUACCUGGAGGACGUGGGCAACUGCGAGCAGUUGCGGGGCGCCGAGGCUGGCUCGGUAGUGGAUGAACGGGGCUUCGUGUGGGAGAAGGCGGUGGAGGGCGACUUCUUCCGAGUGCAGUACAGCGAGAGCAACCACCUGCACGUGGACCUCUGGCCCUUCUACCCCCGCAAUGGGGUCAUGACAAAGGACACGUGGCUGGACCACCGGCAGGAUGUAGAGUUCCCAGAGCACUUCCUGCAGCCGCUGGUCCCCCUGCCCUUUGCGGGUUUCAUGGCACAGGCCCCUAACAACUACCGUCGCUUCCUGGAGCUCAAGUUUGGGCCUGGGGUCAUCGAGAACCCAGAAUACCCCAACCCUGCACUCUUAAGCUUGACAGGCGGCUGAAGCUCUGGUGCCUGCAUCGGGGGCUAGAUGAACAGCAGGGUACAGGAAUCUGUUCUUUGCCUCGGGUUCUGUAUGGAUCUGAACCAGUUUGUAAUUGGGCAAUGGGGCUAUGCACUGGAGAGAGAGAGAGAAUAAAAAAAGGAAGAUUGGAGGGAGCCCACAGGACAAGUCCAGCUUUAGCAGGAAGCAGAACCCGAAGACUGGAGCAACACAGAUUCUUAAGUUUCGAGAUGGGGCUACGUGUAGAGCCCUCCUAGCCCCUUUGCUUUGAGGGAGCAAAGUGGCCUUCGAUGGAAAAGCCCAGGGAUUUGUGUCCAGUCUUUAGGACUCUGCAUAGUCUCUGCCCUUUAUUCCAAGAGCCGUAGGCCCUUGGAAAGUGAGGUCCGGAGAACAGACCAGCCAGCCUCAAUCUACCACAUACAGCUUAGGUAGCCCUGGACCAGUUACCCAGUCUCUGUUUCAUCUGAGAUACUGAAUGCCUCCAAUUGUGUUUAGAAUCCUCAGGACCCUUGGCGCUAGUGCUUGCUUCCUCCACUAGAGGGCGCUUCUGUCCCGCUCUUCGUGUUUGAUGAACGCUCUGCUUCAUCCCUUCUGUCUCUGGUUUUCUUGCGGUGGCUCUGGGAGGUAAGACAGUGCUGGCCACCUCCUCCUCUCGCUGAAUGUGGCACUUUUCUUUGAGAGUGCUGCUUGAUGUAUCUGCUGCUUUAACCCCGUCUUGCUCUUGGAGGACUGACUGAGCUCUGGUUUGGGAUCUGGCCAAUAUAUUACCUCUUUAUUUCACUCCUCUGCACCUGUUUUCCCCCCUUCCAGGAAAGGAUAAACCUUCGCCAUAGCUCACAGACCUAGCGGGCCCAGGCAUACACACGGAAGUGACAGCUGCUAUUACAUCCAUUUUCCGGGGAGGAAAACUGAGGCUGAAAUGACAGUCACUUGCCAAUAAUCAGAUAGUUUAGGAAAUAGCUAGUAAGGGACUUGAAUUCAGGUCACCGUUUCAAGGUCCACACUUCACUUCCUCUUUAGGUCCCGCUGUAGAACUCGUACCCAAGUGGAGCCUUGCGGUGGCUGUGCCAUUUAAACGGGUUUUUUAAAAUCUCAUUUAAUUAUGCAUAUACAUUAUGUUCAAACUGCUACUACCAGUCUGUAUACUGUUAAAUAAGGCUUAAAUUAUGCUACUUUAAAGUUUAAAAAAUCAAGAUGAAUAGA